CCGCUGGGCGCGCCGGGAGCAGCGGGCGCGGGGCUCGGCCUGCCCGGGCACGGAGCGGAGCGGGGCCAUGGUCCGGAGGGCAGCCCGGGCACGGAUGGCUCAAUGAACCUUUUGUCCCAGGAGUAGUCUGUGUCUUUCCCACCCCUCUAGCGCCUGAUUUCUACACCAGAUGCAGCGUGGCAAAGCUCAGUAGCUCAGCCUGGCUGGUGUGAGUUGGCUGCUGCAUCGCCAGCACCAAACGGGAGCCUCCAGAGCCCUGCAGUACGAGAGGUCUGGCUAUGGGAUGGUCAGAGCGGCUCUCCCCUGCGAGGAAGGAUAUUUCCGUGGCAAUACUGAGCGCUGCACAUCCUGACAAAGUCUCCUGGCAACGUUCUCUGCGGGGCUGGAUGACAGCAGAAGCUGCCGGGUGAAUCGAUGAGCCUGUGAAGAGGCGAAACCAGGGCGCACGAUGGGUCAGAAGGUCACGGGUGGGAUAAAGACCGUGGACAUGAGGGACCCCGUGUACAGGCCGCUGAAACAGGAGCUCCAAGGCCUGGACUACAGCAAGCCCACCCGGCUGGACCUGCUGCUGGACAUGCCCCCGGUGUCCUACGAGGUGCAGCUGCUGCACUCGUGGAACAACGACGACCGCUCGCUGAACGUGUUCGUGAAGGAGGACGACAAGCUGAUGUUCCACCGGCACCCGGUGGCCCAGAGCACGGACGCCAUCAGGGGCAAGGUGGGCUACACGCGGGGGCUGCACGUGUGGCAGAUCACCUGGGCCAUGCGCCAGCGCGGCACCCACGCCGUGGUGGGGGUGGCCACGGCCGAGGCCCCCCUGCACUCGGUGGGGUACACCACGCUCGUGGGGAACAACCACGAGUCCUGGGGCUGGGACCUGGGGCGCAACAGACUCUACCACGACGGCAAGAACCAGCCCAGCAAAACCUACCCCGCCUUCCUGGAGCCCGACGAGACUUUCAUCGUGCCCGACUCCUUCCUGGUGGUUCUGGACAUGGACGACGGGACGCUGAGCUUCAUCGUGGACGGGCAGUACAUGGGGGUUGCCUUUCGAGGACUCAAAGGGAAAAAGCUCUACCCGGUGGUGAGCGCCGUGUGGGGCCACUGUGAAAUUCGGAUGUGCUACUUGAACGGCCUGGACCCUGAACCACUGCCUCUGAUGGACUUGUGCCGGCGAGCGGUGCGGCUGGCCCUGGGCAAGGACAGACUGACUGAGAUCCCCACCCUGCCCCUGCCAGCCUCCCUCAAGAGUUACCUGCUCUACCAAUGACCCUCGUGCUGCGGGACAGAGGAACCAGGCGAGGAUGGAGCUGACCCGGGAGCCCGGUGCCAUCCCCACUGCUGGAGCUCCUGGCCAGAGCACUCCUGCCACUGCUUCACUCCCUGUGCCCUUCCUGGCCAGCUCUGAGUCAAUCCUUGCCUCACAGCCGAGUGCUUUGUUCCUUGGAAGUCACUUUCCCGGCACACUUACGAAAGGAACAUUUACAGAGGCUCUGCUCCUCCUGAGGAGAGGCUGCGCUGCCUCCCCUGGGCUCAGGGGCCUGCAGGGAAUCAUUAUUCUGUGCCACCUAAAGAGAAGGAUGACAAUAAGAGAAUAAUAAUAAGAAGAAAAGACUAAAAGUAAGAAUAGAAACAUAAUUUGGGGAAGGAGGAGGAGGCAUUAGGAAUAGAAAUGUUAAGAGCAGGUCCUAAGAAUGGAAAGGCUCAGAGUGGCCAGCAGAGCUGGAAGGAGUCUGGAAUACCAUAAAGAAUCAAUUGAUGAGUUUUUUAAAAACCAAAAAAUAAGAAGUACAAACCCUGAAACACCAAAACCAAGAGCCCUUCCAGCAGGACGCCUCUUAAUUUGGAGACGGUGUUUGUGUUGCUGGUGCCUGUGCUGGGACCUCUCACCUUGCUCCGUUGCUGUUCCACAGGCUGUGAUUUCUGCUUUCUCCUUUAUCACCACCGCUCCUCCUGCCCCAUCCUCUGCUCUGCCCCUCCUCGAGGCUUUGGCUGGGCUGAUUUUGCAGUGUCUCCACCAGCCUGUGCCCGGGGGUGCCCUGGUGUGGGCACGGGGGUGGGACCGUGAGCUUUGUCACACGGCUGCAGCUCCCGUCCCCUGAGCUCUGCCCCGCGCUCAGCCUUUAGAGAAACGUUCGUGUUCCUCUAACGGCUCUGCUGGGGAGUUCUCUUCUGGGUAAGCCGCUUCAAUUCAUCCAAAGCGGGCUGAGCUCUGUCCCAGAGCGGUUCAGUCUCAGGGGACUGCCGCAGGAGGGGCUCUGCGUGCCCGCGGCAGUGGCACAGGGCGCUGCACAGGUGCCAGCGCAGGUGUGCCCGGGAGGGGAUUGCUGCACGGGGAGCUUGGCAGGGCUAAACAGAGGCCAGGGGUGAUCUUCAGGCACAGCAAGAAGAAACUGAACCCCUCCAGAGCUGGGGAGCAGGAGGGAACUGCAAUAAACAGGAUGAAUGAUGCAGCAAAAUCAGCGCGUCCCAAAUCGAUCCUCAGUAGCCAGGCAAAGAGGAUGACACUCCUUUGUCAGCAGGAGCUGCUCUCUUGACCUCUCCACAGGUUACUAUGCUGCCUUUCUGGGGUUAUUUUGCACAUUUCUUUGUGGUUUUUUUCCUUGAAAAAUGUUUGUGUGAUUGGUUUUUUGGUUUGGUUUUUUUUUUUUUGUUGUUUUUUUUUGUUGUUGUUGUUUUUGCUUUUGAGUUAUCCCUUCAGUUUUGUGUAGGUACAAAUGAGUUUAGUUUUUGAAAAUGUUAAUAUAUAUAUUUGUGGUGUAUGUAUAAGAACAUGUUUUAAACAGCUGCUGUAGGGUACCUUUUUGAAAAUAAACUACUUGCAUAGUAUAUUUUUUAAAGCACAGAGUUGGUGCCAAGACCGGGUGGGGUGUGAUGUGCCCCUUUUUUAUUCUAAUAUUAUAUGAGGCUUUUUUCAGCGUAGGGGUUUGUACUGGUUUCUGUUCCAGGGUGGGACACAAAAUUCAGUGUGUGUGGAGCCCUGCUUGGUUGCCUUCAAUUGAACCAGUGUCUUCCAGAACUGCAGGGAAGGAGCUGUGUUCUCCCUUCUAAUGCUCUUUGUGCUCCCUCAUUUCCAUCUCUCCUCACUUCACCAGGACAUUACUUUGUACAGUUUAAAAUUCUUUCUAUUUUAUGACUGUAGAUAAUACUCAGUAACCUAAUAAACUUUAUUAAAUAUUA